AUCAUGUUUCUCUUAUCUAUCGCUUCUCAAACCUUGGCUAUGCAUGUGGCCUUGAGUUCAGAGACCGAUAAGAUGGCUUUGCUUGCUUUGAAGGACAAGCUUAUCAAUGGCGAUCCUCAUGCUCUGCCAUCAUGGAAUCAAUCUCUUCAUUUCUGUAAAUGGCAGGGCGUUACAUGCAGUCGCCGCCGAAUGAGAGUCUCAGCCGUGCAACUUCCAAAUCAAUACUGGGGUGGUACUCUUGCACCAUCCUUGGGAAAUCUAACGUUCCUAAGGGUGAUCAAUCUUACUAACACCCACUUGCAUGGUGACAUUCCAAGAGAACUUGGUCAUUUGAAGAGGCUGCAAAUUCUUGACUUGAGCAACAAUAAUCUUCAAGGUCAAAUUCCAAGGGAGAUGAUAAAUUGUUCAAGUCUUGAGGUAAUUGUUAUGUGGCAAAAUAAUCUAACCGGCAAAAUUCCUUCCUGGUUUGGUUCUAUGAAGCAACUUAUUCUACUGGGGCUUGGAACCAACAAUUUUGUUGGUAGUAUCCCGCCGUCUUUGGGAAAUCUUUCAUCGCUUCAGAAGCUGUCAUUUACAUACAAUCAUUUGGAAGGAAGCAUAACUCCAGCUUUGGGUAGGUUGUUGAAUUUGAACCAUUUGGCUUUGGGUGCAAAUAAUUUUUCUGGCCAAGUCCCUCCGUCACUUUACAACCUUUCAAAUAUUGAAGUUCUUGAAUUUGCGGAAAACCAGUUAGUAGGUACUCUUCUCUCAAAUAUAUCUAUGGCUUUUCCCAAUAUUGAGAGUUUUCUAUGUGGAGGAAACCGAUUCACUGGUACUUUCCCAUCUUCAAUAUCCAAUCUUUCCGAAUUGCAAGUGUUUGAUAUUCAAGAAAAUGAUUUUCAUGGAUCAAUUUCUCCUACUUUGGGAAGUUUACACAAACUCCGGUCAUUCAAUGUUGGUACUAAUAGAUUCGGGAGUGGAAGAGCUCACGAUUUAGAUUUCCUUUCCUCGUUAGAGAAUUGUACUCAAUUGCAAAAACUAGGCAUUGAUGAUAAUUAUUUAGGCGGUGUAUUGACCGAUCGCAUAGGCAACUUAUCAAGCAAUCUCAUUGUACUUGCUAUGGGGGCCAAUCAAAUAUCUGGAAGGAUACCUGAAGGAAUUGGAAAACUAAUCAACGUAGCAGCACUUGGUAUUGAGAGAAAUUCCCUUGAGGGAACAAUUCCAAAUUCAAUUGGGAAGCUAAAGAAUCUGGUAAUGUUGGCUUUGGAAGAAAAUAAGUUGUUUGGCAACAUUCCUCUUGUCAUUGGUAACCUUACUAUGUUGUCUGAUGUUCAUCUCGACUCAAAUAAAUUUGAAGGAUUCAUUCCUUUUACACUUGGAAACUGCACCAAGAUGGAGAGAUUUUAUGCUCAAGAAAACAACUUAAGUGGCAAUAUACCCAAUCAAACAUUUGGCUACCAACAAGGUUUAAUAGAGCUGUCCCUAUACUCCAACUCCUUUACUGGCCCCGUUCCUUCUGAUCUUGGCAACUUGAACCAUCUUUCCAUCUUGCACUUACAAGAUAACAAGUUGAUUGGUGAGAUUCCCAUGGGACUUAGUGCUUGCUCUGCUUUAACAGAGCUUGUACUAGGAAGCAACUCAUUCCGUGGAAGUAUACCUUCAUUCUUGGGAUCUCUACUAUCCCUUGAAAUUUUGGACCUUUCUAAUAACAACUUCUCAAGCACAAUCCCGCAUCAACUUGUGAAUCUCACCUUGCUGAAGACUUUGAACUUCUCUUUCAACCAUCUCUAUGGUGAAGUCCCGGUAGGAGGAGUAUUUAAUAAUGUCACAGCAGUAUCACUCGUUGGAAACAAAGAGCUUUGCGGCGGGAUACCUCAAUUGAAUCUUCCUGCAUGCCCUAUUUUGCCCUUACAGAAGAAACACAAGAGAUCACUUAAAAAGAGAGUCAUUCUCAUCGUUGCAUUUGGAGGAAUUCUAAUCUCUUGUGUAGCUUUUAUUAGUAUAUAUCUUCUCAAGAACAAGGCAAAAAAGUUACCCACUACUUCUCUGGCUUUGCAAUAUGGUUAUGUGAAGGUUUCCUAUGGAGAGUUACAUCAAGCAACUAAUGGAUUUUCUUCAUCCAAUUUAGUUGGGGCAGGAAGAUUUGGGACUGUGUAUAGAGGAAUCCUCGUCCAUUUUGAGAGACCUGUUGCUGUAAAAGUGUUGAAGCUCCAUACACGCGGGGCAUCGAAGAGUUUCAUGGCCGAAUGCAAAGCUCUAGGAAAAAUCAAGCACAGAAACCUUGUCAACAUAUUGACUUCUUGUUCAAGUGUUGAUUACAAAGGGGAUGAUUUCAAGGCCAUAGUGUUUGAGUUCAUGCCUAAUGGGAGUUUAGAAACCUUGUUGCACAACACCAUUGAUGAUAGCGAGUCCACAAAUCAGAGUCUCAACCUGAUGCAAAGAGUAAAUGUUGCUCUUGAUGUAGCUUUUGCAUUGGAUUAUCUUCACAAUGAUUUAGAAGAAGCUGUAGUUCAUUGUGAUAUUAAGCCAAGCAAUGUUUUACUUGAUGAUGAAGUUGUUGCUCACUUGGGAGACUUUGGAUUAGCUAGGCUCGUUCAUGGUGCCGCAAGCUGUUCUAGCAGUGGUCAAGUUAGCUCUUCUGCAAUUAAGGGAACCAUUGGAUAUAUUCCCCCAGAAUAUGGAGCAAGUGGCUUAGUGUCACCAGAAGGAGACAUGUAUGGCUAUGGAAUUCUUCUUUUAGAGAUGAUCACUGGAAAGAAGCCAACUGAUAGCAUGUUUGGUGAAGAUCUAAGCCUACACAAGUUCUGUAACAUGGCAACUCUAGAUGGAAUCACUGAGAUUGUUGAUUCACGACUGCUCAUUCCAAUUGAUCAUCAAGAAAGAAGAAGGGUCACACAACAGCAAAAUAUGGAAGACACCAUUCGAGAAUGUCUUGUGUCGUUUGCUAGGAUUGGAGUUGCAUGCUCCCAAGAGUUUCCUAAUCAGCGAAUGAGUAUAAAAGAUGUCAUAACUGAGAUGCAUGCAAUUAAGCAAAAGCUAUCCUGCUAA